AUGGGCAGUCUUGCCGAAGGGGUGCCUCAAAUUCCCAUGAGUUUUCAGACUCAGGGUACCCACGCCACUUUACCAGAUACUGGUAUUGGCCCUGACGACGACGUCGUUUCAGUAGUCUCUCGACAUGAAAUUGACGACACUCAUGCUCAUCGAGCAAAGUCGGUGGCGGCCAGUAUACCAGUGGAGGCCCACGAGAAAUUGGUUCUCGAAGUGAAGGGUCUUCAAGAGGCCUUGGGGAAGACUCAUUGCGCGUUGGAUGCGAUGCAAAGCCGCCUUCAGGCGACGGAAUAUUCCCAAACUCGUAGUGAGGAUCAGAUGGACUUGCCGAUCCGCUUAAAUCAAUCCGAGGCACAGUCCCCGUCGUCGGCGUAA